AUGUCACAUCCCACUUCACAACCACCAGAGAAGAGCAUAUCACAACUAACGUUAUCUCCUCCAUCACAACUUUCUGGCUUUGAAUGGUGGAGAAGGACUUUACUGUACCAAACAGGUCUAGGCUUCACAGACCAGGACCGUGCCCAAUACAUCUACGAUUAUCAAAAUCGAAACCUUGAGGAAAAGUGUCAAUCGUGUAAUGACAACCUCAAGUGGGUAUUGCAAUAUUCGCCAUCUGUCAUAUUCAUGAUGGAUCACAUACGAAAGUUGAACAAAGACAAUGAACCUAUAAAUCACAAAUUUAUCAAAUGUGCCACUUGUGAUUUCACCAAAGGGGGUGGUUUUGAUCCCAAAUCCGGUAUUGUAUUGUGCAGCAAUUGGAUUAGAUCAAAAUGGCAAUUGGAGGAUGUUUUAACCCACGAGCUAGUUCAUGUGUAUGACUACAUGAAAUUCAAUUUGAACUACAAAAAUUUGAGACACCACGCUUGUACGGAGAUACGAGCAUCCAUGUUGAGUGGAGAGUGCAGGAUUUGGGCUGAAAUUAAAAAAACCGGAUUGGGUAAUUUCGGUAAGAAAUUUCAAGAUUGCGUUAAAAGACGAGCGGUAAUUUCGGUUUCGGCGAAUCCGGCUUGUCGCAGCAAGGAAGAGGCGGAAACCGUGGUAGGGAUUGUUUGGAAAAGUUGCUUCAAUGAUACUAGGCCAUUCGAAAGGGUAUACAGGUGA